AGAGAAUUUUUUUUUUUUUCCUUCUUUCUCUCUCAUUUCUGUAGAGAGAGAGAGAAGAAACUCCAGAGCUAAAAGAAUAAAGAAAAGAACAAAAACACAACUUCUGAGACUUUCUCUUGUUUACUUUUCUCGUCUCAAGUCUUUGCACAUGUACUUUCUUUCAAAUUCAUCUCUGUUCCAUCCAAACAAAAGAUCUCCAACUACUCAUAACUGAAAUUCAUCUCUUUCUGGGUAUCAUCGAUUUGGCUCGUCUCCUCUGUUCUGCAGAUGGGUUUUCUAUUGAGAUAGCCAUUGGUUUGUGGGUGAAGGAGAAGAAUUGGAAACUAAAAAGAAUAAAAGAAGAUGUCUUUGAAUAGCAGAGGAGAGCUGAACUCUUAUAAAAGUGUUGUAUCACAGAAAUGGACUCUUUUUCUUUGCUUGUGUUGUUUCUGUGCUGGAAUGUUCUUCACCAAUAGGAUAUGGAUAGUUCCAGAAUCUAAAGGUAUCACUAGGACAACUGCAACAGAAGCUGAAAAACUAAAGUUGGUUUCAGAGGGCUGUGGAAUUAGAAUUUUGCAACAGAAAGAAGUGCGGCGCGACUCUAAGGAUCUGAUCGGGGAAGUGUACAAGACUCAUAGUGCCAUACAGACAUUAGAUAAGACGAUUUCAAAUUUAGAGAUGGAAUUAGCUGCUGCAAGGGCAGCACAGGAGUCCAUGCUUAGUGGAUCCCCAUUAUCAGAGGACGUAAAGAAGACUGGAUCAUCUGGGAAAAAAAGGUAUUUAAUGGUUGUUGGAAUUAAUACGGCUUUUAGCAGUCGAAAACGAAGAGAUUCAGUUCGUGCAACGUGGAUGCCACAAGGCGAAAAAAGAAAGAAACUUGAAGAAGAGAAGGGUAUCAUCAUUCGAUUCGUCAUUGGUCAUAGUGCAACUUCAGGAGGCAUUUUGGAUAGAGCAAUUGAAGCAGAAGAUAGAAAGCAUGGAGAUUUCUUAAGGCUGGACCAUGUCGAAGGAUACCUUGAAUUGUCAGCGAAAACAAAGAUAUAUUUUGCUACUGCUGCAGCUGUAUGGGAUGCAGAUUUCUAUGUCAAAGUUGAUGAUGAUGUCCAUGUAAAUAUAGCAACACUAGGAGAAACUCUAGUUAGACACCGAAAGAAACCACGGGUAUACAUCGGAUGCAUGAAAUCUGGUCCUGUCCUUAACCAAAAGGGAGUUAGAUACCAUGAACCGGAGUAUUGGAAAUUCGGCGAGGCAGGAAACAAGUACUUCCGCCAUGCCACUGGACAGCUAUAUGCCAUUUCAAAAGAUUUGGCUACAUAUAUUUCAAUAAACCAGCAUGUUUUGCACAAGUAUGCUAAUGAGGAUGUUUCAUUGGGAUCUUGGUUUAUCGGACUUGAUGUGGACCACAUUGAUGAUCGGCGACUAUGUUGCGGAACACCACCAGAUUGCGAGUGGAAGGCGCAGGCAGGCAACAUCUGUGUUGCUUCAUUUGAUUGGAGCUGCAGUGGGAUAUGCAGGUCGGCGGAUCGGAUUAAAGAGGUCCAUCGGCGGUGCGGGGAAGGUGAGAAAGCAUUGUGGAGUGCAACUUUCUAAGAGUUGUUUCAACUGCGGAGUCUUCCAAACUCAGGAGGAUGAUGAUAAGAUAGUGUUAAUGAAUGAAGUGUGCGAGUCUCUUUCUGUAAUUUUUUCAGAAUAUAGGAACCGAAAUUCAAUAUUACACGAAUAGGUCUAGAGAGAGAGUGAGGGGUUACUGUGUGGAGAUUUUUCCGUUUUAGUAAAGGAAAAAGACCACAUUAGCAGCCAGGAAAAGAGGCAAAAGGCUCUCACCAAUUAGACCAUUCUUUUGAAAUGCUUGGAAAGCCAAUUUGUAAGUUACAUUUUCCACGGCUAUCAAGCUGCAAAAUAAAUACAAAUCCUUUUGGUGGCUUUUUCUUUCUCUUCUCCC